UACUACAAAGAUAAUGGAAUUUGGAGAUGAGAAUUUCGAAUUUGUCCAAACAUGUGGAGUAUGUGAGCAGAUAUGUAAUGAAGCAAACAUAAAAGAUCAUGAUUGUUUAGAUGGAUACAGUUCUUAUAUUGUUAAUCCUAAAACAUUAUAUUUUUAUCCGUUAGCAGAUGACGGUGUAACAAUUGUUAGAAGAAGUAACGUAAAUAAUACCGAGCAAUUAGUGCAAGAGCCAUUUUAUCAUGAAGAUAGAAGUAAUAUUAUACAAAUACCACAAUCAACUGAUUCAACUGAGCGACAAAAAAUCUCUGAACCACUUAAAAAGGUCUCUAGGAAAUAUUCAAAAAUAAAUGAAAAUACAAGAAUCAAAUUAAACUUUGAUGAUGAAGAAUUAUUAAUCCUGGAAGUACAAAAGCGUCCAUCAUUAUGGGAUUACUCUCUACCUUUGGUGCCGUCAGUAAUAGCGCAGCUCGAGGAGCGCAAGUUGAAAUUAGAUCUCAGUUGGUCGGAUUAUAAUACGGUUCAAGCGCGAAUGGAAGCAUUGGACGAUUCUGAAGCUAAUGAUCGUCCAGGAUUCGAGGAUGCGUAUUUCGCGUUGUCAGCGAAAAUUAGAGAAAAGCUAGUAUCAUUCAUAGUAUCGACGCGUAGUUCAGCGCCGUCGCCAGCGCUAUCGAGUGCCUCAGAUGGUCAUGACUCGACCGCGCAUGUGCGAUUACCGAAACUUAACCUUCCGACUUUCAGCGUGAGGCCAGUGAUAUUAUCAGCUCGCUGGAGAUCUCAAUUAUGA